AUGGUCGAUAACAAUGAUGGCAUGCUACGAAUCUUCUGGCCAAGCAAUCUCACUCGGUCAACCACACCCGGUGUGAUAGUUGGAUGGAGGAAUUCGUCGUUGGAUUUGUUUGUCAUCACCAUCCUGGAAGAUGUGGAGGUGCGCAGUGUUGAAACAGCCCUGAGAAUGGGUACACUUUUCCGGAACAGCGUGUAUCCUGUUGCGCGAAUUUUUCAGUUAUGCAAUCAGUCGACCAUGCAUGUUCUGGGCACUCUUAACCAUUCAGAAUCGCCAGAGACAUUCGAUCCCGCGAAUUUGAGUGCCUUUAUACUCCCAACCAGUAGUAGGCCAUACCUCUACUGCCCUGCAGAAGUGGGUUUGUCGGUUCAGAUCGUCCUCUUCGACCCUCCAAAUCCAGCACAAUUGCAAUACAUGUCGCUGGAACCCAUAUCUCUUACACUCGGUUCAUCAUCGACCGCAGAAGUCGACAUAUCAUCCACGGGCGACGAAGUUGAGGUUGAAGAGCAGGAGAAGCGCAAGUCUCUCUCAGAUUUGGUCACAAAACUCCGCUUUCACACAGUGGUUCGACAUUCGGCGACGAAAAAAGACCUGGCAUUGCAUAGCAUCCUCCGUCAGAUCAAUUGUGCUCAAGAGGUGGCAGAUCUCCUCCAGAAGAACAGUCCACUCGUUGGACCACGUAGAAAGCGAAGCUUGUCUGUAAGCGAAAGGGUUGUGGAAUCCGCUCAAUCGCUUUACGCCUUCGCAGCAUGGACCAUCUGGACUCUUUUUAUGACUUAUGCCUAUCCAAGUCUACUUUGGCUAUUCAAGAUUGCUAUUAUCAUCCAUCGAGUUUUGGCCGAGGCCAUCCUUCAGAUUCUAGAAUGGCGUUUACCAUUUCAGGCACUACGACGAACCAGAGGGGCACCUUUGGCCCCCAAUGGUGGUUUUGCUCUCAAGGAUAUAUCUGCUGGUUGCCAACAAGUUCACCUACGGCUACAGCAGUUCUCAUACUAUCCAACACAAUAUUCGCUGCUUCAAAAACGACAUGCAACCUGGUCGUCGUUUCCAACUACCAACAGUGAUUAUAUCCGAUUCUACAACUCACUUUGGCUAGUUGCAAAUGAUGUCAUCAUUGGAAUCGCCCUUGGGAGUUUUAUUAAUGACAAUGCUACAGCCAGUGCACAAUUUAUCAGCGAUGUGCUGGACCAAUAUAUGAUUGAAGGUCUUAAACGAAUGAUUCGCUGGCUUAUGUCAUACCCUGGUGGGCUCAAGUUGAACACCGAGCUGGCUGCAUUCCUCGGCGAUCUAUUCUUGUGGGUCAUUGAGUAUUGGUCAUCCACCUUACUUUUGGUCAUACUCCCACGGCUUCCAAUGAUAGUGUAUUUGAUCGGCUUCUCAUCUUUCGCCGGCGCAAGUAUGCCAAUAGCAAUACUCUCCGAUCUACUGAGUCUGAUGACAAUUCACAUCUACUCCUUUUAUGUGGCUAGUGCUCGAAUCUUCAACUGGCAGCUCACUAUCAUCAUCAGUUUAUUCCAUCUUUUUCGGGGAAAGAAACGCAACGUCCUGCGAAACCGGAUUGAUAACUGCGACUAUGAUUUGGAUCAGCUGCUCCUUGGCACGAUUCUGUUCACACUGUUAUUCUUUCUGCUCCCUACAGUUCUGGUUUUCUAUUUGACGUUUGCCUUUGCAAGAAUGUCCAUCAUAUCUCUAAAGGCGACUUUAGAUGCGUGCUUGGCAUUCUUGAAUCAUUUUCCGUUGUUCGCACUGAUGCUCAGAGUAAAAGAUAGCAAAAGGUUGCCAGGAGGACUUCAUUUUCAGUUGUUAGAGACGCAGGCAAUUGAAGGUCCUCGGCAAGAUAAGCAGGCGCCGAAGGACACCAACGAGGAGACAGAAGCAAGUCAUGAUGACGAAGAUGAAGAUGAUGAAGAGAGCGAAGAUAGCGAUACGGGGUCGAGCCAAAUGACGGUGGCUUAUAUCAAUCUAUCGUCCACACCACUCUCCAUACGACAGAUUUUCGAGCAGUAUUUUCAGCUUUGGGCUCGCAUUCGGCGUCACUACCUAUCCCCUAAAGUCAUGUUUAGGCUACUUACUGGGCGCUUCGUUCCGCCUCUUGGGAGGAACGAGAUGUAUGGACUCCAGUACUCAGCCUUGCCACGAGACAGGGCUACGGUAGGUGAGGUAUGGAAUAGUUUGAACGAAACGCUUGACAAAGGCUCCUCAACAGAGAAGUCGAAGGCCCCACCGCACAAUCAGUCGCUCGGAGUGUAUGGAAGUACGAUUGGCCGGCGUUGGAAAUAG